AUGCCUCACCCUAGUCCGCAGACACUGCCUGCACUACCUGACUCGACUUCACCAUCCAAUGUCAUCUUACCACAGGCCUUGCCUGACCCCAAUCCACAGCUACCUGACUCGACUUCACCAUAUGAUGUCGUCUUACCACGGGCCUUGCCUGACCCCAAUCCACAGACACUUCCUGCACUACCCAACUUGUCUGCUCCAGGGCUGGAAGAGGUGCUGUCUGGAGCAUCAUCCUCCGGUCAGCCUGUAGAAGUACCAGACAUCAGUGUCAAUGUUCCUCAUGGUAAUUCUCAGAAGUGCAAAAACUUGCAGGAUAAGGCAGGUGUGGAACUACUGGUGGCAGAGCCGCCUGUCACAAGCUGUCCCAAAUGUGCCCGUAUCGAGUUGAGACGUAACAAGAUUGCAAACUCAAUUGGCCAGGAGAACACCACUCAGAAGAAAUCCAAGACUCAAAAGUACAAGUCCGCAUUAGGAAGGAAGAAACGGGGAAGAGAUGAUGUCACUCGAGGAACGAGAGCCACGUGGCAUCUCCCAGGAACCAUGGAUAUAUUACAGGGAAUGAUAGUACUAGGGAAGCUCAAAGUUUUUGUUUUUGUUUUUGGGGUGGAACAAUAUUAUCAACUAGCAACUGAUAAGAUCAAUCCUAGAGGAUACAUUUUGGGGCAGGAAUUUUACCCGUGUUAG